AUGAAGAUCACCAGCUCCGCCGCCGCUCUGGCGCUCGUCGCCUCAGCCGUUGCCGCCCCUUCCCCGACCACCCAGGACAAGCCCACCAAGAGACAAGCUGGUUGCGCCUCGGCCGUCUCCCUCAACGCCCAGACCAACGUCUUCAAGCAAUACACCCUCCACGCCAACAACUUCUACCGCAAGGAGAUUGAGGAGCUCGCCAUCCCCAACCUUUCCGACCCCUCCCUCGAGGCUGCCGCCCGUAAGGUUGCCGACACCGGUUCCUUCGUCUGGCUCGACACCAUCGCCAAUGUUGACAGGCUCGAGCCCGCUCUCGCCGAGGUUCCUUGCAACGAGAUCCUCGGUGUCGUCGUCUACGAUCUUCCCGGCCGUGAUUGCGCUGCCAAGGCCUCCAACGGUGAGCUGAAGGUUGGCGAGCUCAACAGGUACAAGACUGAGUUCAUUGACCGCAUCGCCUCCAUCCUCAAGGCCCACCCCAACACCGCCGUCGCGCUCGUCAUUGAGCCCGAUUCGCUCCCCAACCUGGUCACCAACUCCGACGUUCAGGCCUGCCGCAACUCGGCCGCCGGCUACCGCGACGGUGUCGCCUACGCGCUCAAGACGCUCAACCUUCCCAACGUCGUCCAGUACAUCGACGCCGGCCACGGCGGCUGGCUCGGCUGGGACGCCAACCUCAAGCCCGGCGCCGAGGAGCUCGCCAAGGCCUACAAGGCCGCCGGCAGCCCCAAGCAGUUCCGUGGCAUCGCCACCAACGUGGCCGGCUGGAACGCCUGGGACCUGUCCCCCGGCGAGUUCUCCUCCGCCUCCGACGCCAAGUACAACUCGUGCCAGAACGAGCGCACUUACGUCAACACCUUUGGCCAGCGCCUCAAGGCCGCCGGCAUGCCCAACCACGCCAUCGUCGACACUGGCCGCAACGGUGUCCAGGGUCUCCGCGAGGAGUGGGGUAACUGGUGCAACGUCGACGGUGCCGGCUUCGGCCGUCCCCCCUCGGCCGACACCGGCCUCGAGCUGGCUGAUGCCUUCGUCUGGGUCAAGCCCGGCGGUGAGUCGGAUGGUACUUCCGACAGCUCGGCUGUUCGUUAUGACAGCUUCUGCGGCAAGCCCGAUGCCUUCCAGCCUUCGCCCGAGGCCGGUGCCUGGCACCAGGAGUACUUUGAGAUGUUGCUUCGCAACUCUAACCCUUCCCUUCUCUAA